CAGAAAAUGCACCGGAUUUCCUGAGUUAUUCGGCAUCUGGAUCGGUAUUAGAUUUAUUUCCAGGGACUACUAUUCUGCACUUUGUCCACAAAAUGGCUGCAAAAAUUCUUGCCAACUUGCUUGUAAUGGGCUCUGGGAUAUUGGCAAGGGCUCUAGUUCAAGCAUACCGUCAAGCGCUUCAAAAUGCCUCAAAAUCUGGUGUUGCUCAAGAAACAAUUCAGAACACUAUGCGCAGAGCUAGCAAAACCAUGACCGAACAAGAGGCGAGACAGAUUCUUGGCAUUACUGAGAAUACUGCUUGGGAGGAAAUCUUACAGAGGUAUGAUACUUUGUUCGAGAGGAAUGCUAAGAAUGGGAGCUUUUAUCUUCAGUCAAAAGUUCACAGGGCUAAGGAAUGUUUAGAAGCUGUGUACAAACCCAAAGACUCGAAUCCAACAGGUUGAGAAUCUGGCAGAUUAUCGUCUUCACUUAAUUUGUUGUGCCUUAACGAUCUCUACCUGUUUUUGUAUAAUUUAAUAGCCUACAUUGAGAAAUGGAGAAAAGGACGUAUAUA